AUGGACUUCCUGUCGGGCAGUGCCAGGGUUCGCUCCGACAGCGCAACGAGUGGCACUUCCACGUCAUCAUCGUCGUCCAGAAUGCUUCUACGCCAGAGGUUGGCUCAGCUCCUGAGUCGCAUCGACGACAUGAGCUCGGAGGACGAAGCCAGCGAAGAGAUGUCGCGUACGCUGGAUGACGCCUUUCAGCUAUGCUCGCGCUUUGCACCUCCCACCCACACCUUCAGGCUGCACAUGGUGACGUGGAAUGUCGCCACAGCAGAACCUCCUGAUGAUGUUACGUCGCUGCUACAACUCGAUGUACAGCCGCCCACCGAUAUCUACGUAAUUGGCCUGCAGGAAGUAUGCGCCACGCCUGUCCGCUUCAUCUCUGACUUGAUUGUGGAAGACUCGUGGAGUCACAUUUUCAUGGACACUCUGGCACCGCGAGGCUUUGUCAAGGUGGCAUCAGUGAGGAUGCAGGGUUUGCUGCUUUUGGUAUUCUCCAAACAGUCGCACCUGCCUUACAUCCGAGACAUCCACAGCACGUAUACCCGCACUGGGAUCUUCGGAUACUGGGGCAACAAAGGCGCAGUAUCUGUGCGUUUUUCCUUGUAUGGUCACAAGGUGUGCUUCCUUAACUGCCACCUGGCGGCGCACAUGAGCCACGCCUUGCAGCGUGUCGACGAGUUCGAACACAUCCUUGACACGCAGGAGUUCGACACUGACGACACGCGUCGAGUGCUGGACCACAAGCUGGUGUUUUGGUUCGGUGACUUGAACUUCCGCAUCGCAGACCAUGGCUUGCACUUCCUGCGCUCGUCCAUCAAUGACGGACGUCUCAACCUGCUGUGGAGCAAGGACCAGCUGCUGACCAUGAAGAAAAAGGAAGCCUUCCUGCAGGAAUUUGAGGAGGGUCCUUUGAAUUUCAAGCCCACCUACAAGUUCAGCAGGAACUCUGACACCUACGACCUGGGGUCAUGCGUCAUGUCACACAGCGGUAAGAAGAGGAAGCCGGCCUGGACUGAUCGCAUCCUGUGGCGUGUGAAACCCAAAAACACAGCUUCGGAAGGUGACGACGACGACAAGACCUCGACUUCCACGGAAGACGGCCUGGAUGAUUACCCUAUGGUGGUGACUCAGGAUAAAUACACCAGUGACAUGAGCUACAGAGUCAGUGACCAUAAGCCUGUCAUGGCGAGCUUCAGCCUGGAGCUGAGGAAACACUUUGACACUCCGCUGGUCCACAUAUCGCCUGAGGGUGUUUGGAGUGCUGACCAAGAUGCUCUCCUCAACUACACCGUCCAGGAAGACUUCCUCUCCUCUACGUGGGACUGGAUUGGCCUGUACAAGGUUGGCUUUAAGAGCUCGAGCGACUACGAGACUUUUGUGUGGGUUCGAGAGAACGAGCUUCCGGAGGUUGACGAAGUCAUUCAGAUCUCCGUGGAUAAGGAUGACAUCCCUCUGCUAGGCGGACAGUACGUCUUGGGCUACUAUAGUACCAACAUGCAGAGCAUCAUUGGUCUCAGUGUGAACUUUCAGAUCUUGGAGUCAAAACGUGCUGUCAUGGAAGGUCUGGUGCCAGAGAACAUCAACGGGCUCACCAAAUAA